UAAAAUCUAAACCCCUGAACUGAAGUUCCCAAAUUAUCAGCUGCCAAUACCAAGUUGUAGGGUUUACCCCCAAAUAUUCAUUCCAUAAUUCAUUUACAUCCCCUCUAUUUUAUUUCCUUGUUAACUUCAGGUCCUAUUUUCCUCUUCAACCAAACACCUGCUGAGUUUCACUCAUAGCUUCAUUCUCCGCAGUUUAGGGUUAUGGAAAAAGAUGCAUCUUUUUUGUUUGGCGGCAUCACUUUCAAUCGUAAAAAGUUUGCCACCGAUUUUGACAGGUUUAAGGAGCAUAAAACAAGGGACAAUUCAUUAGAGAAGCUGGAGUUCGUUGAAAAUGAAAAAUCUGAAAUGGAAGAUGAGACAAAUACCCGUGUGGGUAAGAAGAGGAAGAGAAAGGAGAAAGGAGUAGUUCCUGACUCGGUGGACGGAUUUUCCGUCUUCAAGAAUUCGAAAUUGCAAAAGGAAUCUGCCAGUGAAGAGAAUGAUCAAUCUGCAAAUGAAUUGCUUGAGGGAAAAAAAGAAUAUUAUCGGCAAUUGGAGAGGGAUGCAAUUUUCCGGAAGUUACAUGGCAUUCAUGCUUCUGGAAGUAAUGUCCCUUCGCCAUUGCACAGUUUUGCAGAAUUAAGAUCAAGAUAUAAAUGUCGAUUAUAUCUAUUACGCAACCUGGCAGAACUGGGAUUUAAAGAACCAACACCAAUCCAAAGACAGGCUAUUCCAGUCCUCUUAUCUGUUGUUGGACAUCUGACAGCCAUCUUUCUUGAUCAGGAUACUUCAAAUGAUGGUGUCCGAGCUGUAAUUCUUUCCCCUACAAAAGAGUUAGCUGCUCAGACUACAAGAGAAUGCCGAAAGUUGGCUAAAGGGAAGAAGUUCUACAUCAGGUUGAUGACUAAAAAGCUCGCUAAAAGUGGAGACUUUUCUAAACUGCGAUGUGAUAUACUCAUCUCGACACCAUUGCGCUUACAGUUUGCUAUCCGCAAAGGAAAGCUUGAUUUAAGUAGGGUUGAAUUUCUUGUCUUAGAUGAAUCUGAUAAGCUUUUUGAGCCUGGCUUGCUAGAGCAGGUUGAUUUUGUGGUGAACGCGUGCACAAAUCCUUCAAUUCUUCGGUCGUUGUUCAGUGCUACUUUACCUGAUAUAGUUGAAGACAGAGCACGUACAAUAAUGCAUGAUGCUGUUCGAGUCAUUAUUGGUAGGAAAAAUUCUGCUUCCGAAACAAUAAAGCAAAAGUUGGUAUUCGUAGGGAGUGAAGAAGGAAAACUUCUAGCUCUUCGUCAAAGCUUUGCAGAGAGAUUGAGUCCACCGGUGCUAGUAUUCGUUCAAAACAAGGAGCGUGCAAAGGAGCUAUAUGACGAACUAAAAUUGGAAGAUUUUCGAGCUGAUGUUAUCCAUUCAGAUCUUUCUCAGACACAGAGAGAAAAUGCUGUUGAUAACUUUAGAGCUGGAAAAACAUGGGUUCUAAUUGCCACGGAUGUUGUGUCCCGGGGAAUGGAUUUCAAAGGGGUCAAUUGCGUAAUAAAUUAUGAUUUUCCAGACGCUGCUGCAGCAUACAUUCACAGAAUUGGACGUACCGGAAGAGCAGGAAGAAGAGGAGAGGCGAUUACAUUUUAUACUGAAGCAGAUAUUCCUUUUUUGAGGAACAUAGCAAAUGUUAUUACUUCUUCUGGUGGUGAGGUUCCCGAGUGGAUUAUGUCAAUGACCAAGAAACAGUGGAAGAAACACAGGCCACAAAGAGAAACCAUUUCAACUCAGCCAGACAUAUGAAGCAACCUCCCAGUUUUGACACCAUUAUAUCAAAGCUCCUUUAUAUAAUUUUGAUGUAUGAUUCUUUUUGUAAUUUUUGUUAUGUAUGAAUUUGGAUUGGUGUUUCUUGUGACAUGUUCACCUUAAUUGGUAGAGAAAUGAAUGUUGUCCUUUUUAACUUAAUUGGUGAUUGGCAGGUUGAGCUGA